UGCAGUGCGGGAGACUGCGACUGUACCGGGGCGGUGGGGGAGGACCGGGAGGCGGGAGGCGCAGUGGCUGAGGCGCGUCCGCGCUGGUGGCCUGAACAAGGUAGAUAAUGACUGUGGCUUCGGUGGCGUCACUCACUGGGCUGCUCUUCCUGAGGCCUUCCUAAAGCAUCCCCUGAAGGAACCGCUCCCAGUUUUUCUCCACAACUGCUUGUAGGAAAGAUGGCUGACAUUAACCUCAAAGAAGUAACCUUAAUAGUAGGUGUAGUUACUGCCUGCUAUUGGAACAGCCUCUUUUGUGGUUUUGUUUUUGACGAUGUUUCAGCAAUACUUGAUAAUAAAGAUCUUCAUCCGUCUACACCUUUGAAAACUUUAUUUCAGAAUGACUUCUGGGGAACUCCUAUGUCUGAGGAGAGAAGCCACAAGUCUUACCGUCCCUUAACAGUAUUGACUUUUCGCUUAAAUUAUCUGUUUAGUGAACUAAAACCAAUGUCAUAUCAUCUCCUAAAUAUGAUUUUUCAUGCUGUGGUUAGUGUGAUAUUUCUUAAAGUCUGCAAACUUUUUCUGGAGAACCGGAGUAGUGUGAUUGCUUCUUUACUUUUUGCAGUACACCCAAUACACACUGAAGCAGUAACAGGAGUUGUAGGAAGAGCAGAACUUUUGUCAUCUAUCUUUUUUCUAGCUGCAUUUUUGUCAUAUACCAAAUCAAAAGGACCAGAUAAUUCCAUAGUGUGGACUCCAAUUGCAUUGACAGUGUUUUUAGUGGCUGUUGCAACAUUGUGUAAAGAACAAGGAGUAACAGUUGUGGGAAUUUGCUGUGUAUAUGAAGUGUUUAUUGCCCAGGGGUAUACUUUACCAUUGUUAUGUACUGCUGCUGGACAGUUUCUCCGUGGAAAGGGUAGUAUACCAUUUUCUAUGCUGCAGACACUAAUAAAACUCAUUGUCUUGAUGUUCAGUACAUUAUUACUUGUUGUGGUUAGAGUCCAGGUCAUUCAAUCCCAACUUCCAGUAUUUACCAGAUUUGAUAACCCAGCUGCUGUAAGCCCAACUCCUACAAGGCAGCUAACUUUUAACUACCUCCUUCCUGUGAAUGCUUGGCUUCUAUUAAAUCCUUCAGAGCUCUGCUGUGAUUGGACCAUGGGAACAAUACCACUUAUAGAGUCAUUACUGGAUAUUCGAAAUCUGGCCACAUUUACUUUCUUUUGCUUUCUGGGGGCUUUGGGAGUAUUCAGUCUCCGAUACCCUGGUGAUUCCUCCAAGACUGUUCUAAUGGCACUUUGCUUAAUGGCAUUACCAUUUAUUCCUGCAUCAAACCUUUUUUUUCCAGUUGGAUUUGUUGUUGCUGAGCGAGUAUUAUAUGUUCCUAGCAUGGGGUUCUGUAUUUUGGUAGCCCAUGGAUGGCAGAAAAUAUCACACAGAAGUGUUUUAAAAAAGCUAUCCUGGGUUUGUCUGUCUAUGGUGAUACUCACUCAUGCCUUAAAAACGCUCCACAGAAAUUGGGAUUGGGAAUCUGAAUAUACAUUGUUUAUGUCAGCCUUGAAGGUAAAUAAAAAUAAUGCCAAACUAUGGAAUAAUGUGGGUCAUGCUCUGGAAAAUGAAAAGAAUUUUGAGAAAGCUUUAAAAUACUUCUUACAGGCUACCCAUGUUCAGCCAGAUGAUAUUGGUGCCCACAUGAAUGUAGGAAGAACUUAUAAAAAUUUAAAUAGAACCAAAGAAGCUGAAGAAUCUUACAUGAUGGCUAAAUCAUUGAUGCCUCAAAUUAUUCCUGGUAAAAAAUAUGCAGCAAGAAUUGCCCCUAACCACCUAAAUGUUUAUAUCAAUCUGGCUAACCUGAUUCGAGCAAAUGAGUCUCGACUGGAAGAAGCAGAUCAACUGUACCGACAAGCAAUAAGCAUGCGACCUGACUUCAAGCAGGCUUACAUUAGCAGAGGAGAAUUGCUUUUAAAAAUGAAUAAACCUCUCAAAGCAAAAGAAGCAUAUCUUAAAGCACUAGAGCUGGACAGAAAUAAUGCAGAUCUUUGGUAUAACUUGGCAAUUGUACAUAUUGAACUUAAAGAACCAAAUGAAGCUUUGAAAAAUUUUAAUCAUGCUUUAGAACUAAAUCCAAAGCAUAAGCUAGCAUUAUUCAAUUCUGCUAUAUUAAUGCAAGAAUCAGGGGAGGUUAAACUCAGACCUGAAGCUAGAAAACGACUUUUGAGCUAUGUAAAUGAAGAGCCACAAGAUGCUAAUGGCUAUUUCAAUUUGGGAAUGCUUGCCAUGGAUGACAAAAAGGACACUGAAGCAGAAAUUUGGAUGAAGAAAGCCAUAAAAUUACAAGCUGACUUCAGAAGUGCUUUGUUUAAUCUGGCCCUUCUGUAUUCUCAGACUGCAAAAGAAUUAAAGGCUUUGCCAAUUUUGGAAGAGUUACUCAGAUACUAUCCUGAUCAUAUCAAGGGUCUCAUUUUGAAGGGAGACAUUUUGAUGAAUCAAAAGAAAGAUAUACUUGGAGCAAAAAAAUGUUUUGAAAAGAUUUUGGAGUUGGAUCCAAGCAAUGUGCAAGGAAAACACAAUCUUUGUGUUGUUUAUUUUGAAGAGAAAGACUUAUUAAAAGCUGAAAGGUGCCUGGUUGAAACAUUGGCAUUAGCACCACAUGAAGAAUAUAUUCAUCGCCAUUUAGGUAUAGUCAGGGAUAAAAUUUCCUUAUCUAGUUUUGCAGAACAGUCAAUAUUCCCAGCUGGGAAGGUUUCAGGUGUAGGAGAAGCAGCAAAAAUUCCAACUGAAAGUGUGAAAGAAAUUGUAAGUGAAUCCAGACCAACACAAAUAACAAAAACAAGUGAUAAUAAAAGUCAGUCUAAAUCUAACAAACAAUUAGGAAAAAAUACAGACAAAGAGACCCCCCACAAAACAACAAAAGACAUCAAAGAAAUUGAAAAGAAAAGAGUUGCUGCUUUAAAAAGACUGGAAGAGAUUGAACGUAUUUUAAAUGGUGAAUAGCAUUAUUACUUAUCAUGUGACAGUGGUUAUCAAAGAACUUCAAUCUGUAUCAUGUGAUUGCUUGUACUAAGAGCUCUGAAAAAAUAUCAAGGAUACUUAACAGUCUAUUAUGAGCUGUCUCUACUACAUAGCAUUAAAAUAACACUUUCAUUAAAGACCUAUCCUACCCAGCAUAUGUAUUAUAUAAAAGUUUUCAGAGUUUUUGGUGAAUAUAACAGAAAUAUUAAAUUGGAGGUGACAAAUUUGCAACUUUUGUUAUAGAAAGAAGGUUUUUCUGGCACAAUAGUCUUUACUACUCAAUUAAAAACUGAGACCUAAAUGAUAAUCCUUUGAGGGCCAAUCCAACAUGUGCUGGUUUAUUCUGUGAAUUCCCAUUUAUUAGCCUACUUCAUUUUUCCUUUACCUCUUAGAAUUUAGCUAUGGAUUGAAAACACUUACUGAACACAUUCUUUUUCUUCACUAAUUUUUUUUAACCAAGGGACUUUGCACUACAAAAGAAUACUGGCUUUCUUUUUGUUGUAUUUUUUGGUUGAUUUUUAGAAAGAAUGCUGGAUGAAACAUUUUUUAAAAAGUAAUUUGACAUGUUAGCUUAAGAAUGUAUUUUCAUAAUUACAUGUCCUUAACAUCAUGCUAAAAUGCAGUUUUUAAGCAGGUAAAGUUUUACACACACACACACAUAUGUACAUACAUACAUGCACACAUUUCUAAUGGUGCUUAUAUAUACUGCUGAGUUUUGGGGGGAGGGGUUUGGUGUUUUUCAUUUGUUUUUUACUAAUUGAUAAUGUCACAGCAUGUAUCACAUAAUCAUGAUUUUUCUUUGAUUCCUACUCCCUAAACUAUUCAUGUUUCAUAGGAUCAUAAUCAUAUUGAGAAGUCCCAAUAACCCUAACUUUAAACUUUGAGUUAUAAUAUAGUAAAUUUCUCUUUCAUCUUAGUGUUAGCUCUGUGGUCUUAUUUGCAUUUUAAUUUUCUGUUUCCAAAGUCACACCUUAAUCAUUCUUACUUUAAGCCACUAAAUUCAGUUCUGUUUGACUGAAGACAAAACAAUGUGACAAAGUUUAUUUUUAAACACUAAAUUCUUGAUAUCUUGUUAUGGUAUAUAUUUUUAUUAAAUAUUUAUUUUGACUACUGAGGUUUCAUAAAAAUUUUAAAACUGUUCUAAUUCCAUCAUGUAUGGAAAAAAAUUGCUAUUCCAGUUUCCUAUAUGUGUAUGUUAUGGUUUAACCAAAAUUACAUCAUUAUUGGCCUGCUGUCCAGCUAUAUAAAAGAUAAUUAGCCUAAUAUAGGAUUAAUAAAUUUGUUAGUUGGUUUUGACAUCUUUAAACUUGAGUGUUAGGUUAAAAAGUAGAUACAAAUCAAACUAAUUUAAAUCUGAUUUUUUUCUUGAGUUAAAAUACAUUUCAAAUGAGUUUUAUAAUACCUAAUAAAGUUGGUUUUAAUUUAAAAUGUUAAAGCUCAAGUUAUCAUCCUGGGAUAGUAUCUAAUUUCUAGUUAUGCAGUAUGUCAAAAACUAUAUAUUUUUUUAGUUCCUUUGAGAUAACUAAUUUCUAAUUAUAUAUGUUUCAAAGAUCAUAUUCCUGUAAUGUUGUUAAGAAUUAUUUUACAAAUAGGUCAUAAGAUAUAUGGUCUGAAUUAAAAGACCCCACUCUUACUAGUUCCCUGAGGAUCUGUCAUAGUUUUUUUUUUUUUUUUUUUAGGCAAUUUAAAGCAAGCACUGAUACCAGUGGGAGUUAAUUCAUGAUGUGGAAGAUUCUGUGAAGCAUCAAAGCAAUGCUUAAUUUCAGUGCUUAGAUUAUGACUUUGUGCCUCCAGAUAUCAGGUAGAGAAUACCUCAUAUACUAUGACUUGAAAAAUGUAAUCUCUCUUAUCUUCGCUCCGUGUAUCUUGAGAAAAAGUUUCAGAGUGUGAUCUCUUCUGCUGUAGUAUCAAGUAGAGGAUAGAUCAGAAAAGUAGAAAGAGAUUUUUCAUGACAGCAGACCAUAAUAAAAGUUUGAGUAAUAUUUUAAUAAAUCUAUAUGACUAUUCAAAUGAUAAAAUGUAUAUAUAAGGUUAUCCAGUAAUUUUUAUAGAAAAAAAUUCUUAUUAGCACUUGGAACAGUGCCUAUUACAUAGGAAAUGCUCAUAUAUUUGAAUUUUAAAAAAUUUAUUUUAAUCAGAUCUACCCUGAGUAAAUAAUAAUUUAAUAAUUAUUCCAAAUCAAUGUUUUUCAACCCACACUUCAUAUUAGACUCAUUCAGGGAGCUUUUAAUAUGGAUCCCAUCCCAUAACUAUUAAAUCUGAAUUUCUGGGAGGUAGAGCCAUGCUUCAGUUUUUCCAAAAGCUCUCAAAGUGGUUCUAAUUUGUAAUCAGGGUUAAGGACCACUGCUCUAAAAUAGUUCGGGAAAAUCCUUUUAUUUCUCCUGUGUUAACUUUUAAAAUUAGCAAUACAACACAAUUAAGUUUUGAUGGUUUAAGUUCCAUUAAGGGAUAUGUUCUUCCAACAGCUAGUAUUUAUUACUUGAAAUUUAAGAUCUUAAAUUCAUAAGCUCUCAGUGUGUAAUAUUAUUAUUUCUUUAUAAAUUCAAAAUAGAUAUUUUAUUCAAACUAUUCAAGUGGAAAAAAUAAUGAAUUUUUUUUUCUCUGGAGCUGCGUGUUUGGGGAAAUGGGGCGUGGGGGCAUUUAAGCCCAAAUCACUAACUUAUGGUUGUGAUCAUGUUUAAGUUUGGAAAAGAAAGCUUAUCACAAUGUAUGCUGGUGAAUGGAUGAAGUUUUAAUUCUUACUGUCUUACAAAAGAAUCUACUCCCAAGGAGUUCUAGAAAAAGCUUUGACAAUCCCCACGGGGUAGUGUUAUAGUACUGCUUCUCUGAAGGUUGAAUUUAAGUUUCUGGAAUUGCUCAUACAUAUGUUUCCUUAUUAGCAUUCAGAAUUGGGAAUUUUAUCUUAUAAAUUUUAACAGUGAGUAGUUUUCUGAAAUUGAAGCCUUGGAGAGUAAAAAUAUGUAAUUUUGUUUUUCAAUUUUGUGUUUACUUUCAUGUAAAUAUUUGGUAUGUGAAUUACACAAUUCUAAUAAAAGUCAUACCUUUUCAUUGCAUGUAAUUUGAGCUCUCAACUUCACAUUACAAAAUGCUUCUUUAAAGAUGCUUUAAUGAAAAAUACUAAGAAAAUAUAUAGAUUUGUAUGUCAGUUUAUACUUUAGAAAUCCAUAUAUUUGUCAUAUUUAUUUUUUUAAAAACCUCCUAACUGCAUGACUGAAUAGUAUUUAAAAUGAACCCCCCAAAAUAUCUGAUACCUUUGUCCAAAAUUUUAUCUGUUGGAAGCAUCAGCCAUACAUGUUAAGAGUUCAUAAGAAAACAGUUUAAAAUUGUAUGCAUUUUAUAUUACUAUAGUGUCUGUGUGUAUCAUAUUUCUAAAUAUUCAGUAUUAAAUUGGUACUUUUUAAAACCUUAA